AUGACCGACGAUGUCUGGUUCGGUGUAACCCCCGAGCCGAUAGCCAAGUACAUCUUCCCUUCCCACUUUUCUGAAGCUCUGAACACUGACACUGCCUACAGUCGUAUAGCUGAUCAUAUCAAGACUGGCGGGCCCGAAUCAAAGUCCAUCAUAAUAGAUGCCUUUGCUGGUGCCGGCGGCAACGCCAUCGCCUUCGCCCUCUCUGGUCGCUUCAAACAGGUCUUCGCCAUCGAGAAAGACUCUGCAACGCUAGCCUGUGCACGUCAUAACGCCGAGGUAUACGGCGUAGCAUCCAAGAUCUGGUGGAUCGAGGGCGACUGUUUCGACGUCCUCAAGAAGCGGCUGAAGUCGUUGGCCAAGGAUGCCAUCGUGUUUGCCAGUCCGCCCUGGGGAGGUAUGUCUUCUUUGUACCUGGUCAUCUUCGUGAUGCAUAUGCUGAUACCCCUUCACANNGGUCCUCAGUACAGCGAUGACAACAUUUUCGAUCUCAGCACCAUGCAACCAUACAACCUCAAGCACAUCUACGACAGAUUCUCAGCCUAUGUUCCAGAUUUCGUGCUCUUCUUGCCCCGAAGCUCCGAUCUGAAUCAGCUGGCUAAAUAUGCCCCUGAUGAUAAGAAGCUUGAAGUCGUGCACUACUGCACAAACGGGUCAAGCAAGGUAAGUCGCGAGAAGCUGUUGCUGCAUAGUACUCUACUGACUUUUCUAGNNGCUCUCUGCGCCUACUUUGGCGAGUUCAAGUUUCAGUGA